GCUGAAUAAACUCCAGCCUGAAAACAGGUUCGUCUGUCAGCAUCCAAGCUUGGACAAAAUACUCCUCCAGGGACCUGAACCAGAGGAAGAGAGAGUUUGGAGGAAAAGGGCUCUUCGGAUCGAUUCAAGUCGGCUAAAAAAAAAGUUUCCAGCCCCUGCCGAACAGUUUAAUUGGCCCACAACGUGCGACAGGAAACAGACCUGUUGCCGAUGCCAAGUGACCGGCUGCUAUAUAAGGGGGCAGGGGGACGAGGAUCGUUUUUUCUCGGGUCGCAAUUCGCAACAUCCAAAGCCUGCCGCCGGGGACGGACCGCGCCGCGUCUUCUGCCCGUGUCAAAGUCACUAUGAGCGCCUCGGUGGCCGUCUACCGGAGUAUUUACACGGAGGACCAGUUCCGACAGUCCUUCGGCAGCGACGGGCCGCCCAGCGCCUCGCCGCGGCUGUCCGAGAGGAUCGCGCGGGGCUGCAGGUGCUCCCGAGCCGCGUGCCUCCGCCUGCUGAGAGCCCGCGUGCCGAUUGUCAGCUGGUUACCAAGGUACCGGCUGAAGAAAUGGAUCCUGGGAGACGCCGUGGCGGGUCUGACCGUUGGCAUAUUGCACAUCCCGCAAGGGAUGGCCUUCGCUCUGCUGACUUCUGUGGCUCCAAUCUACGGCCUCUACACUUCCUUCUUCCCCGUCGUCCUCUACAUGCUCUUCGGCACAGGGCGGCACGUUUCCACAGGUACCUUUGCCGUGGUGAGCCUCAUGACGGGCUCCGUGGUGGAGCAGCUGGUGCCCAGGCCCCUGGACUUUAACUCCUCCAGCCCCGAGGCGGAAGACAUCGAGGCGCAGAGGAUCGGGGUGGCGUCGGCUGUGGCCUUCCUUUCGGGCAUCAUGAUGAUCUGCAUGUUUGGGCUGCAGCUGGGGUUCCUGUCCACCUACCUGUCGGAGCCCAUUGUCAAGGCCUUCACCAGCGGCGCCGCCUUCCACGUCACCGUCUCGCAGCUGCAGAGCAUGCUGGGACUGCGGCUGCCCCGCCACACGGGACCUUUCUCGCUCUUCAAGACGCUGGCGGCGGUGUUCGAAGGCCUGCCCUCCACCAACCUGGCCGAGCUGCUCAUCUCGCUGGUCUGCCUGUUCGUCCUGGUUCCCGUGAAGGAGGUCAACACCCACUUCCGCCACCGGCUGCGGACGCCCAUCCCCGUGGAGAUCCUCACGGUUAUCAUCGCGACGGGGGUCACCUACGCCUCGUCCCUGGACUCGAGAUACGGGGUUCAGAUCGUGGGGCACAUCCCUGCAGGGUUCCCUCGCCCGCGGGUGCCCGCGCUGGAGACGUUGCCUGUUGUGGCCGGAGACACGGUGGCCAUCACCUUCGUGGGCUACGCCGUGUCCAUGUCUCUGGCCAUGAUCUAUGCAGACAAACACGGAUACUCCAUCCAUCCCAACCAGGAGCUCCUGGCUCAUGGCAUCUCCAACACGGUGUCCUCCCUCUUUACCUGCUUUCCGAGCUCGGCCACUCUGGCCACCACCAACAUCCUGGAGAGCGCAGGGGGUUACACACAGCUGUCUGGCCUGUUUACCAGCCUGGUGGUUCUGAUUGUACUGCUGUUAAUUGGACCACUCUUCUUCUUCUUACCAAAGGCAGUGCUGGCCUGUAUUAACGUCACCAGCCUCCGCCAGAUGUUCUUUCAGUUCCAGGACCUCCCAGAGCUCUGGAGAGUGAGCAAGAUUGACUUUGCGGUGUGGCUGGUCACCUGGCUGUCUGUGGUUGUUCUCAAUGUGGACCUAGGACUGGCUAUCGGCGUGGUCUUCUCCAUGAUGACGGUCAUCUGUCGGACACAGAGGACUGAUUGUUUUGUCCUGGGAAGAGCUUCCAACACCGAGAUUUACCGGCCCAUCGAGCAGCACAGCAAGGUAAGAGCAAGGAACACUUCUACAAACCCACCCAUCUCACCCUCAUCCUCACCACUCAAACCCCCCCCCCCCCUUCAAUUCAAUAGGAGCAUGACUUAUGUUUGUGUGGAUCAGAACAGUAUCUCUGCAAACCCAAGAACAUUAACAUUUUGCCUUCCUCCUCCAGAAGUCACUGAGGGUGAUGUCCAGGCAGUACUAAUUGAUUGCAGCAGUGUCGUAUUUGUGGAUGUGGCUGGGGCCCGCCUCUUCAUUCAGAUGUGCAUUGAAUGCCAGAAGGCAGGAGUUCGGAUAUACCUGGCAACUUGCAAUGAGAGCGUGCUGAAAAUCCUGACCGCCAGCGGGCUGAUGAGCUACAUGAACCCCCAGCACAUUUUUGUGACUGUCCAUGACGCAGUGGUCUACAUUCAGCAGCAGAAGGAAAAGCCCCCUGAGAAGACCACCACAGUCUGGGUUUGAGUGGUUCUUGACCAGGAGUCCAGAAGCUACAACAAUCAGGAACAUGGGGAUCGUAAACAGUGUACAGGCAGGGACGAACAGAUCCCACACAGAAAGACAAAAAAGAAAAAAGAGAGAAAGAGAGGGGUGCUUGCCCCGAUAGCCACAAUAGGCUUUCUCUGUGUGUUUCUGUAUAGCCUUCGUGCUUGCGAGCAUGUAGCUGUGUGUCAGAGCUAGAAAGGUCUGUCCCAGAGAAGGAGGUCUUGCCCUGCCCCUCUUGAACAUCAUUAAAAGCUCUGCUGCGGCGUUGUCUCUGUGACCCGAGAAUCUGCUCAAGUUCCCGUCUUGCUCCUCACCUGAGCAGCAGCUUUUGCUGAAGAAAUUCAGCUACAUUCUGUAAAUGUGGAGCACAUCUGCAGGACUAAUAUUCUCCUGGAUCAGCAGAUCAGGUCACCUUUAACAAGCACUCCAUCUGAUGGGUGUCAUUGAUCACUUUGAAAUAAAAUCUAAUGUAUGUUCACGUACGGAAAUAAAAAAACAAUUAGAAAUCCUCCCAGCACCCACCCAAACGGUUACUGUGCUUCUGAGAGCGGUGUGUCCAUCUUGAACAGAGUGUGAUACUUAUUCCACAAGGAUCUGAGGUUUCUGCAGCCCAAUCCCAUCCCAUACCUGCAGCAGGACAGCCCUCAGCUGGGGUCGUGAGGAGGGAGGUGGUGUGUGGGGACUGAACUGGACAGGUCCAUUGGUUCAACUGGGACUCAUUCUGGCCUGGAAGAUGAUAGGGAGCCUGUCUAUGUCUCCUCCAACUUGACCCAACACACACACACUGCCCCCUGCUGGGAGGGUCUGGUCCUUAGACUGGAAGACUAUAAUGUUUUGUCCAGUGAGUGUAUAUUCAUGUAUAUACAUAUACAAAAUGAAAAUACUAGACAUUGUUCCUAAUAAACAACAAAGGAAUUAUAUGGCCCAAGAUAUUUGGAGUGUUUGUGUUUUAAUCAGGAUCAGAGUGUUCAAGCAGCAUGAAGCCUGGAAAACGGAGAAAUAGAGUAAAUUGGUAGCCUGUGUAAAAUUUUCUGUUACUCUUUUAUCACGGUAAAUGUUAAUAAUAAGAUUGUUAAUGGAGCUAUCCACCUGAAAUUGCACUGAAUGUCACUGGUGAUGUUCCGUCAACGGUAUGAAUAUUGCCAUUACUUGUACUGUAUUUUAAAUGGAAUAUUUUGCUAUAUUCUUUCUCAAUAAAUGUGCCUUUUUAAGAAUU